GAUUAUUAUACAUAUUUACCUGUGCCGAGUCACUACUAUUUUUCCAAUAACUCAUUUUAUGCUGUGGGGAUAUACACGUUUAUUUAUUUAUUUAUCUAUCUAUGCACUGAGUGGACAUACUUUACUAGACGACUCACAGCUUGCUUUUCAGUGUUAAGAAUGUACUAGACGACUCAUAACUUGCAAAGACCGUGUCGAUAUAUUCUGCUGAAGGUAGAGUUUACUUGCUCUUCGCAUACUGUAGGACAGAACCAGAGGAACAACAACAAUUAUGGGUAAAAAUAUCAACGCAAGAAUGGCUCCUAAGUCAUGGGCUCUAUGGUCGAAGCCUGAAGGUAAGGUUAUGAGCAACAAGACUUGCAUCAAAGCAGACAAACGCGAUAUUACCCUCCUCGUUCUUCUCCUCCGUCACCGCAUCACCCCUCCGGUACCAUACAUUAUUAUUACCGAAAUUAUUCUUAGCAUGUCACCGGACACUUACCAGGAUCUGUGCCGUAAGAACUGCAGAUUAGAGAACCUGACAGAGGAACAACAAUAUCAUUGGUUCGCUUGGUGGUGCAAAGAAAUGGAGAAGAAAGAAAUAAUGAAAGGUGGUGGGAGAUGGGUAGCUGCUGUUAAUUGGGAGAAUGAAAGAAUCAAAGAGAUAUGUGGUUGUCUUCGAGACCAACUACAAGGUCGAGGUCCAGUGUUUGAACUUGUAGACCAAGAAGGUGUCAACAGAUUGAAAUUACAAGUUGGGCAAAAAAAGCUACUCAUAAAGCAGAAUAAGAUCUUGAAGGAGAAAGAAGAGUUCAUACGAGCGCAGGAGGAUCAGAGCACUUUGCAAGCGGACUGGUAUCUCAAGAAUGACUGUGCGUAUAACUCCGAUAGGAUCAAGAUAAUACGGGUGUGUACUGACCAACAUUUUUCAGGGAGACACGGUAGCGUCCCUGAUCUUACCCACCUCAACCCCAAGUCUGUGAUCGGGCAAGGAUAUCCGAUGGAUGACUUUCUUAGGCCUUUCGACGACGACUUACGGAGCUGGAAUUCUACUUUCGAUACGGCCAGUACAAUUUUAGCUCCCUCUACCCACUCUUCGUCUGCUAGCCUGACCGCUUGGUCUAACUCUUCUACAAUUACUUCCUCUAUUAUGCCCCUUGGGUAUACCGAUGAAGAGGAUAAAAUUCUUAAGAAAGUCGACGAAAACAAAGCCACCAAAGAAUUCGAGAAAAUCAUGGAGUUCAAGGAAGCGAUGCGAAACAAGCUCGACAAAUUGGACAUGGCAGAGAAAGAGGGUAGAUUGGUCAAUGCUUGGAUGAUGACUGACUCUAUGGUAGAGGUGUGUUGAGGGUAAAUAAAGAAAAACGCUCUGGAGAAUGAUGGGUAGGGUCAUCACAUAUUCUCGUGAUAUUAUGAUAGAAACGCGUGGAGUUUGUGCUUAAAGCAUGGGCGGAGGACUUCCAACGCAAGAUGUAAUUUUCAAAUGAAUUUAGAAGUUAGAAUAAAGGAAUAUUCCAAGUAUUUAUCUACCUAGUAAGAUGCAUUCUCAAGGCGAUUGGCGCAUGUGAGACAAUCGACCAGUGGAGUGGGGCA